CACAGAAAUCGAAUAAUAAAAAAAGCAGAGGCUAAAGUUAGCUUCGGCUUUCAGUGCUUAGCUCACUCCUUAUGCUGGAAUCUUAAUGUAUACGCUUCCCCUUUCUUCUUCCUCUCAUUUACCAUCGCCACCACCGCCGCCGCCGCCGUCGCUAAGCUUCGCCGUCCACAGGUUCCUCAAGGAAUCAUUAAUAUUUAUCUUGCUUCACUUCUUUUCAUUUCUCUUUGGACUCUCGAUCUGCGCGAAUUCACCUUCGCCGCCGGUGGAUUUUGUUUGAUGAGCAAUUGAUAGAAUUAGUCAGAGUAUUAAACUAUAAUAGUUUAAGUUCAGCCGUUUUUCGUCUACCUUGUCAUGUCUGAUCGUCGAGUUCAAUUGGAUCAUGAUAAGGAUGAAAAUCCUCAAAGUUCUAUGAUGCAGCCUCCUUUCCAAUCUGCUUGGAUGUCUCACUGGACGCGCACGAAUUGCAAGCAAGUUGAUGAUGCUCGAUAUGAUUUACCACUUUGUUCCGAUUCUGGAGAAAAUAGUCAGAGAAGUAAGUAUCAGAAAGCCCGAACUGAGACAGAGGUAGAAUCUGGAAGCUCCAAGUUUGUCAAAGAAUUUAGAAAAAUGCACAAGACUAUUAAGAAUGAGGAUUUGACAACAAGUUUGGGGAAAUCGAGACAUGAAACAUCAUCCAAAGGCCAGCAUUUUCCGAUGUUUAAAUCUUCGCAGAAUAGAGAUGGGAGUUUAUCGCUGAAACAUGAUGAAUCCUCUGGUUUUCAAGAGCCAUUGUUAAGGUCAGAAAUUGGUCCUAUCUCUGGCUAUGAUGUUUCUCCAGGUCAAAUCAACAAAUCUUUACCCUCAAUGUGUGCAUCAACUCCGUCCAAAAUAAAGACUCAAUCAAUAGAAUGUGUUGUGUCAAACUCAGAUCAUCAGGUCAUGUCAAAUAAUCUGCCUGAAGAAUGUAAAAUGGUUAUAUCAACACCAGUAAAGAGUGAGUUUUUGGGCUCAACUUCUAGAAUUGUGCCAUCAGAAUACGGAAGUGGAAGGAUUCCGACCGAGUCUUUUUUCCCUAGGCUAGACUACAAUCAAACAAAAAGUACAUUUUUGGUUGAGAGAAAAAUAAAUAACAGUGCAACUCUGUCGAUAGAUGAUCCCUCAACAAGCAGUAAUCAGCUAAGAGAUUUUCUUGGUGAACAGAACCAGAGGAAGCCAAAUCAUUUUGCUGCUAAUUUAUAUCCCAACAACGUAAUGCCUGCGACGUCAAGCUUAUACCAUGGAUCAUUUGAACUACCGAGAAGUUCCCCUUCGCUAGGUAAUGCGGAGACUAUGAGGAUAUGUGCAACUAUAGGUUCUCUAGAAGAGUUUGCUGUUUGUCCUCCAAAGUUCUCUCAGACCACUCGCCAAUUCUUAAUCACAAACAAGGCUGAUGUAAACUUAUCUGAUAGAGGUCAAAUGCUCAGAGCGCCCACAAUAUCCACCAAUACUAAAAGGAAUCAACCGAGUGAGCUCCUUAGCUUAUCUUCAGAUUUCGGUUUUAAUGUUAAGAAACGAGUGAAGCUGCAAGCUUUGGACAGCUCCACAGAUGGUGAAACCAAAGAAAAUAUAGAAAGUGUGCAUACUUUCGCCCUUGAUUUAAAGAAUGAAUCAUCAGCUGAAACUGACACCAUGGACGUAAAUACUCUUCGUGUGAACCGUCUUUCUGGUGCGGCUCUAUCUGUCUCCAACAAGGACGUCAACGUGGCUCAGAAGUCCCCAGCAUUUGAAGCUGCAACAGUGUCAGUCAGAGAAGAGACCGGAAUCAGACUGCCAACUAUAGAGUUACCUGACAUUAACAAGGAAGUUCCAGAAAACCCAGGCGUAGCAAGUUCAUCUGAUGAUGGGCCUGGAAGCACAUCAAGAACCCAGAGCCUGGAUGCCGAACACUUUCUUCACCCUGCAGAACAUCCCACAAAAUCAAGAUCCAGUGGCUGUUCCGAUACUUCUUUGAGAUUGGAUCCAUACUGCAGAUGGGUUAAACGUCUCAAAACAAGUACUUCAGAUUCUUUUGCUCAGGGAACUAAGAUCAUGAAAAUGGAGGAAGCUUCUUCUCAUGGAAAAAUUAAUAAACUCUUCGGUAAUAUACUCAACCAUGGCAAAACUAGUUCGGAGUCUUCAGAACCAAAGAUGUUCAAGUCUUAUGGGAAACAACAUGUGGUGGCUGAUCACAAUAUAGACUUACAAAGGAACAUUGAAUCGACUCACACUUAUUCAGUGCAAAAAAGUCAAGAUAAAAUCAUUUCGCAUGCUUGGAUCGGAAGGUGGUGUCAUAACCAAGCUGCAUCUUCAAAAUGGAAGGCAGAAUCUGCGGUGGUGGUUCGUAAACCGAAUUCAGAGGCAAAUGAAGACGCUUCUCAGAAGAGGCAGUUUCCAAGCAUUGGUGCCAUGGCUUUGAUGGGAAAGGCCAUGAAUGGAUUUCAAGCAUGUGAAUUCAGGAAAAGGGGAUCUUCUAUUGUUUGGAAUACCAGAGGAUUGAAGUAAGUUGUUCUGACUAGAGGAGUAAUAUAACGAGCAAAGGAUUAUUCCGGUCCCUGAACUUGUGCAUCACAGUCAAUUUAUCUCACACUUAACCAGACAAUGCUCUUCUUUGUUGAAGUGUGGGAAAAUCUGGGAUGUAAAAGAAUUUUGAUAUCAAAAUCAAAGUAGAAUUGUAAGUCCCGACCCAUUUUAAUCAAUUUAGAACAAUUAUUCUAUAUAUUUAGGCCAGUUUACCUCAAAUUGGGCCGUUAUUGAUGAACUCGUUCAUUUUGCACAAUUUGAGAGUUAAUUGACCUAAAAAUAAAGAAUAACGUCUUUAUUGAUUAAGACAACUAAGUGUGAGUCAAUUGAUUAUGACGCACCGCGAUAACCCUUUGCUCGUAAACUAAUUACUCUUUGCGAUAGACAUACUGGUGACCGGAAUGAAGAGCAUGUACAGCCUAAAUGUAGCUCUGGUAUGCACCUUGACUAAGUUUAAGCUCAUUUUAUUUUGUUUUUCUGCCUUAUAUGGAUCAUAUUCAGAAAUGGGUCGUCCAUGAAAUAUUCGGCGACAUGGUUGUAGGUCGCCCUAGGUAUUUCAGAGGGCAAUAUCACCCUCUACACUUAAUUAUUGUAAUUUGUAAAUUUGAUAGUACUUAAAUUUCUUGCUAACGAGACCCUUCCGAAGGGAAGAAAAAUUCAGUUGGCCUGCA